GCCAUUUGUGGCGGCGCUGGAGGCUGUGUUCGGCAGGCGCUGCGGAGACGCGUAGAGGAGCGCGCCCCCCGGCCGCUGCCGCCCCUGGCCCGUGCCGUCACCCCGCUUCUCCGCGCCUCAGGCGGUACCCAGCCAGCCCCCAGCGCCGCGCUACCGCGCUGACCGGCCCUCCCGACACCUCCCAGUACCCGGGACCCCAGCCCGGCCGCUCGCCCGCAGCCCGCCGGCCGCACACGUCCCUGGAGCCGGGCCUAGGGCGGGCGGCAGCGGCGGCUCGGCGCAGUCAGGCUGGGCUCUGCGGCGUCCCCAUGGCCGCGGCCGGCUGGCGGGACGGCUCCGGCCAGGAGAAGUACCGGCUUGUGGUGGUCGGCGGGGGCGGCGUGGGCAAGUCGGCGCUCACUAUCCAGUUCAUCCAGUCCUAUUUUGUAACGGAUUAUGAUCCAACCAUUGAAGAUUCUUACACAAAGCAGUGUGUGAUAGAUGACAGAGCAGCCCGGCUAGAUAUUUUGGAUACAGCAGGACAAGAAGAGUUUGGAGCCAUGAGAGAACAGUAUAUGAGGACUGGCGAGGGCUUCCUGUUGGUCUUUUCAGUCACAGAUAGAGGCAGUUUUGAAGAAAUCUAUAAGUUUCAAAGACAGAUUCUCAGAGUAAAGGAUCGUGAUGAGUUCCCAAUGAUUUUAAUUGGUAAUAAAGCAGAUCUGGAUCAUCAAAGACAGGUAACGCAGGAAGAAGGACAGCAGUUAGCACGGCAACUUAAGGUAACAUACAUGGAGGCAUCAGCAAAGAUUAGGAUGAAUGUAGAUCAAGCUUUCCAUGAACUUGUCCGGGUUAUCAGGAAAUUUCAAGAGCAGGAAUGUCCUCCUUCACCAGAACCAACACGGAAAGAAAAAGAUAAGAAAGGCUGCCAUUGUGUCAUUUUCUAGAAUCCCUUCAGUUUUAGCUACCAACUGCCAGGAAAAGCCCUCAUCUUCUCUUCCUCUCCUCAGUUUACAUCUUGUUGGUACCUUUCUAGCCUUAGACAAAUGAUCACCAUGUUAGCCUUAGACCAAGAAGCUGGCUAGUCCUUUCUGUGAAGCUAAUACAAUGGUCAUUUCCAGACAAAUUUAAAGGAAACACUAAGGCUGCUUCAAAGAUUAUCUGAUUCCUUUAAAAUAUAUGUCUAUAUAUACAGACAUGCUCUUUUUUUAAGUGCUUACAUUUUAAUAGAGAUGAAUCAGUUUUGGAAUCUAAGCUGUUUGCCAAGCUGAAGCUACAGGUUGUGAAAUAAUUUUUAACUUUUGGAAUCAUACUGCCUACUGUUACUCUAAAUAGAAAUAUAGGGAUUUUUUUUAAUGUGAAUUUUUGCCUAUCUUUAAACAUUUCAAUGUCAGCCUUUGUUAACCUUAAAUACACUGAAUUGAAUCUACAAAAGUGAACCAUCUCAGACCUUUACUGAUACUACAACUUUUGUUUUCUGGUGGCCAAAAUACCAAAUGCCUAUUGUAUUUAUGGAUUAAAAACUGCUCAUAAAAGCCUGUGUUAUUACUCCUACUCUUGAAGAUGAUAAUAUUCUACGUGGUCAAAUAUUUGGACUCAUUUAGGACUUAGACAUUUCAGUGUACUUGAUUUUUUAAUUUAACUCUUUUUCACAGCCACGCUAAGGGUAAAAAUGAAUAAUUUCUGUCUGUCUUCCUUUUCAAGUAUUUCUGGAUAAGGGAUUCAAAAAACUAAAACUGUUUUUGUUUGAUGUAAUAUAAAAUAUGGAAUUGAUCUUUCCGGGGUCAGAGAUGAUUAAUGUUUUUGCUAUAUACUUUUAUACAUUAUUUUCUUAUCAAACUAGUUAACAAGUAUUUUUAUAUGUUUGUAAGCAGGUAUGCUUUCAUAGCAUACCUUGUGUAUAUGUAAAGAUAAGUAUUUAAUUCUCACUGUUCACUUUUAACUGACAAAGAAAAACAAGUGGAAACUACAGAAACUGUGGUAGAACUUUUACUUGCUGGUCUGUCUUGGUUGUACCCAUCUUUGGCCAGUCACAUAUCUACUCAAGAAACCUUCCCAAUAGAGUACAACAGGAUGAGACUCUGAAAUCACUUUCAGUAUUCCCUGCUAGAUAUUGAUUGUUAUUUCAAGUAUUAAGUGUAAGCUUUUAAUGGAUAAUUAGUAUAACUGUGGAUGGCAUCUGAUUUUGUUUUUAAUUCUGUGGAUUGUGUUUAAGCAAUUCAAUAGUAUGUUCCUGAUUUUGAGAUGCUAAGUGGUAUUGCACAGUUGUCACUUUAUCAAGUGUGUACAACAGUCCCAUGAAGUUUAUAGAGCAUACCCUUGUAUAGCUUCAGGUGCUAGAAUUAAAAUUGAUCUGUUAUCACAAGA